AUGGAAAAUGAGGCAGCCGAACAAGCGUGGCAGUUUUGGCGUUGCGAUUUGAGUGAUGCCCACGGCAAUGUGGACUUGAAUGGCAUGAGCGCCCCUACUUCGGCGGAUCACAUGAGUCGACAACAAAGACUCGAGAUACUUAACGCAUACACAAACUAUCACGAUGCUCUGAGCUGCGCCGAUUCCUGUUCGGUGGGAGUCCUCGGAGUGGAACUUGACGAGAUACUGGACCCAACCCUGCCGGAAAUGCCAGCGGCUGCGAAGGACGACUUUACCAUUGCCCGAUCAUUGCUCGAAGCCGAUCCGCUCCAGGUUCACUUUUGUUCUCGGUAUCCAAUCUUCUCAACCCUGUCAGGUUUGGCCCUGGAAAAUCUCAAGAGGUCUGCCUCCAGCAUCCUAUCCCCGGCCGUUCUCCAGAACCCCGAGACUAGCACCGAAGAACAGACCACCACCAUCUUGGAAGACACCAGCGAGCGGGACAAUCGCAAGCUGACACGCUACGACGUUGCCGUUGCUUUCGACCCCAUCGCGGUAUCCCCCAAGGCCGCAGCCAGCCUGAACCUCGACCCCUCCGUCUUCGAUCGUACUAUGACCAUGAUCGUCGUGGAGGUGGCGCCGUGGGUUCGCGGCAUCGUGCACUACGAGGAGCAGCUCAUGCAGGACCGGCAGCGUCUCAACGAGCUGCUGAGCGACGGCGGCAGCACGCGCAAGCGCAGGCGGACCACCCGCAGCGCGUACUCGGCGCUCGAGGGCGGCGAGCGCCGGACGACCAGGAGGGAGCAGUAUUUUGGGGACGUCCUGUCUACGGAGGCGGUCAUGUACACUGCCGGGAAGCACUGGCAGCAGGCCCUGCCGCAGGGGGAGAAAUGGGCGGAGAUGGAGGAUGACAUCGCCAGCAGUCCAAUGUCAGCAAGUGCCGUUGACGACGUCUCGAAAGCAGCAUGGCGAUGA